AGACCAGCUGAGCUCGCGUAUAAACAAGACCGGUGUGCCCAUAGACAUAAUAUACAUAGACGCCGCAUUGGCUUCUGGUCGCGAGAAAUACGGCCGCCAUCUUGGAGCGGUCGUACUCGUAGUUGCGUAGCAGCAGAAGAUGCAGGAUGCCACAGCACUGUGCUGCUUAUUUCUGCGCUAAUCGGCGGACCAUCGCCAGCAGGACUCGGGGGAUAACCUUUCACAAGUUUCCAAAGGACAAACAUGUGAGGAAGAAGUGGGAAGUAGCUUUGAGGAGAGAUGGAUUUACAGCAAGUGAUUCAUCAGUGCUUUGCUGUGAACACUUCAAGCAGAGUGAUUUGGAUAAGACGGGUCAGAUUGUCCGACUCCGGGAUGGUGUUAUUCCAUCAGUCUUCAGCUUCCCGGUUCACCUCCAAAAAUUGGAAAAAGGCAGGUCUACCUCUACCUCCAGAAGAGCUGAUGAAUGUCUGUCCGUGGCCUCUCAGGAUUCCCAAGAAAUGGCAACCUCACACCCACAGCCUAAUGAUGAUCAUGGUUAUGCCUUGCCUGCUUCUCCUACCGCUCUUAAGACUAGACUCAAUGAAGCCUUGGCAAGAGUGGAAAGUCUGGAGCGAGAAAAGAAGAAUGCCAUUGCCAGAGAAAAGAGGGCAAAGAUCACUGUGAAUAUAACAUUACUGUUAAGUCCACAAUGAAUAUUGAAAUACGCCGAACUAUGUGCCCUGUGUCAUAGCUGCAUGUAUGACCUUUGCAGCAAAAAACCCCACGUGAGAAUCAGUUGGGUAUUCAGUGAGGUAUGAUUAAUUGAAUGCGCUCACAGCUGAUUGCACCUGCAAACAGAUUACACUGAGCGAAGCGGAGGACCGUUCCAAGAUGGCGGCUGCAUUUCUCGUCAGUGCCAAUAGGCGGUAGCGGCCAAUGCGGCGUCUAUGUAUAUUAUGUCUAUGGGUGUGCCUGCCUAUUCUGUGAGUUGAAAGAUGGAAGUCCUAAGACCCAGAAAAAGACCUCGGCGCUACUGUGAACAUUGCAACACUGAACUCUGUCAUACACAGUAUUUUGACCACAGAAAGCGCUAUUUCAAAAAUGGAGUUUGGGAGAAAAAACCCCAAAGGACUAGGUCAGAUAACGCACAGAGCCUGUUGCUAUCCAGUCAUGAGCCAACCGGCGGGAGUUAUGUUCUACCUGGAGUUGGAGAGAUUGAUGAAGGUGAAAUGCAGUCCGAAGACCCAGAAAAAGAAGUGAACAGUUUUGAGGAACCCGUCCUUGACCCUCUAGCAGAACUACGACCAGCCAUUAUAAAGCAGUUUAUAGUUGUUAAUGUUGUGUCAAAGGGUACGGCAUUUAAACAUGUUCUUGCACACGUUUCCUGGCUUCAUCUCCACCCGGGCAGACAUUUUUAUGGAAAGCCAAUAGAAGUUUGGGGCUUGCAGGGAACAGACACGUCAUACCCAGCAUCAUUUCUGCCAGUUGAGCGCAUUGCUAGAAGAUGUGUGGUUAAUACAUCCUCUGUGCAUUUAAGACCAAAGAAAAGGUCACUGUAGUCCUGCCACUAUGCACUGUAGUUGAGCUCUAGGAGACUGAUCUCUGCAGACCCCUCAUGCUGAUUCAAAUGUUGUUUGCAUGGAAUG